AUGGCUGAUCAUCAAAUCAUCGUGGAUGACUCUGUGGGGCCCAUCGAUCAUGCUGUGAUCUCUGAGCUCGCCACUCAGCAAGGAACCUAUCCUCAAGGGCUGGCUAAUGCCGUGACCCCGCCCGCUAGAGGGGUCAAGAGGAAGAGUGGCGUUAGUGGUGGUGAACGCGGGACUCACGGUGGGUUCAAACCUAAAUCCCACUUCACUGAGAGCGAGAACGUCAUGCUCGUGGAGCUCAUAAUUCGUAAUCGAUCAGUAUUAAAGAGUCGUCGACCGGAGGCACAAGUUGAGAGAGCUAAUGCUUUCGAAUCCUUCACGGAGGCUCUCAAUGAGAUGAACCCGGGGUCGCCCAAGACGGUGCUGCAAGUGAGGAAGAAAAUGGACAACUUGGUUUCCAGAGUGAAAAAGCUCAUCGAAGAGCACAGGGAAGUCGGCUACGUCAAGAACAAAAUCCCGGUCUAUCUCAUCAACCUCGCCAACGAGUUCAUACUAUGGAACCCUCCAGGGGAAGAGGUGCCCAACGUCACCGGCGGCGGCCACAUAGUCUCCACGGGCGUCCAUGACGAUUUCGCCAGUACGGCUUCCUCGAACGCUGGCUUCUCUCACGCCCUGCAUGCUUCGGCUGGACCGAUACAAACAAGAGAAGGAAUGCUCCACAAGCGAAAGCUGGAGUUGGAGUGUGAACUGUUGCUAGAACAGAUAAAGAAAAUGAAGGCCGAGAAUGAGUUCACUGAGGCGAGAUUUGGCGGUGUUGGCGUGCUGUGA